ACAUAAAUGGCUCUAGUGCUGAUGUCAGAAACCUUUAGUGUUUUAACGAUCAUAGCCACAGAAAGCCAGACACAUAAGAGCCCCGCAUCUUCAGGUUAAGCAGGAGGGAGUGUUAGCUGUGCAGGCUACUCGAAAGAUUCGAGAUGAACAACUCGUGCGAUAUCCCUCAAGGAAAGGAGAUCUCCAGCAGCCAAGUCAACGAUGACUUGCCGACUGCAGAGCCACUCGAGAUCGCCGAUGCAGUUGAGGUCCUUGAUGGCAAAGGGAAGAAGCAUACUUUCAAGAGCAUCUACAGCGGGCCCGGGAAACCCCGCCGAGUUCUUGUUGUCUUUGUUCGUCAUUUCUUCUGUUGCUCAUGCGUGAGCUACACCAGCUUUCUUGCCAAAAACGCGACCCCAGAAAAGCUACAAGAGAUAAACACCGAGAUCGCGAUAAUGGGCCACGGAGAUCCUAGAACAGUCGACAUGUAUCGCAUAGAUACGGGCUGCGAAUUUCCCAUCUACACUGAUCCAUCUGAAGAGCUUUACAAAGCCCUCGGCAUGAUUCGGACAUGGGAAGAAGGACCUCCGAAUAAGUAUAUUCCCGUCUCGCCGUUUUGGAAUGCGUGGAUGUCCAUGAAGAAUGCGUUUUGGAAGAUACUGGAAGGUUAUCCUGUUUGGAACUGGGGUACCACGAAUCAACAAGGCGGGGAGUUCUUGUUUGUUGGGGAGGGAGAUGAUAAGAGGGUGGCUUGGUGUCAUCGCAUGAGGAAUUCGAGAGAUCAUACGGAUACUGAUGAGAUUUUGGAGGUGUUGGGGCUCAACAGGGGAGGGUGAGUUCAGGAUACUUGAGUAUCGAGCAAGGGUUGAGGCUUUUUGUGCUGGAGAGGGCACGAGAUGUCAAUGAUGAUCAACAACUUCAAAUCUGAAGCAAGUGUCAUGUUUCUCGAUUAAUCUAUAAGCUGCCCCAUCGCCUUGCGAAGCUGGUAACUUGAUCAAUACGACACAUGAAUGCCAGAUGGUGAUUCCCAUAGGGUAUUCUUACCAGCAUUUGGCCUUUAAGGGAAAUUCAGUCGAUCAAAAGUUGGAAAAAGGACUUUGCAUUUUCCUGAUGGAUACAUCGACUUACUUACUACAUUGGAUGGAAUAUUUGUAAACUUGUUUAACUAAAAAUCUUUCGCUCAAA